AGGAUCUCUGCUGUUGAAGAAGAGCUGCAGAAACCCAGCGUGCCAUUCCUCAGCAGUUAUAAAGCCACUCAGACCAGAGCCAGAGUCCAGCGCUCACUGUCAGAUCCACAGCUGCUCUCAGGAGCGCUGAUAGAUGUGGCCAAACACCUGGGCAACCUGUCCUUCAGAGUCUGGGAGAAGAUGAAGGACAAGGUCCACUUCAGUCCUGUCAUUCUGGACCCAAACACUGCAAACUGCUGGCUCUGUCUGUCUGAUGAUCUGACCAGUGUGAGACGUGGAGACACAAAGCAGCAGCUUCCUGACAAUCCAGAGAGAAACACUAAGUAUGCCCUUGUUCUGGGCUCUGAGGGCUUCAGCUCAGGGAAACACAGCUGGGAGGUGGAGGUGGGAGACCAUCCUGACUGGACUGUAGGUUUGGCUAAAGAGUCAGUUGACAGGAAGGGAGAGACAUUUGUCUUACCAAAAUAUGGAUUCUGGUGUUUAAGGCAUGACAGUGGAAAAUACACGGAUGUUGUUGGUGAGACUGUCGGAGUGAAGAAGAGUCUCCAGAGGAUCAGAGUCCAGCUGGACUAUGACAGAGGGGAGGUGUCCUUCUACGACCCUGAAGACAUGACUCACAUCUGCACUCACAGAUUCACUUGGUCUGUUGCCUGA